UCGGCAAUGCGCUAUACAAUAUGGACUUGUUACAGCACCGCGACGAUCCGCUCGACCUGCUAGCCACCGAUGACGAGCUACCCGACUACGAGCCCGCGACGGCACCGGAAUACACCAUCGGGGACACCCACAUACCGCUGCAUACAUAUUACCUGCGACAGACGGAUCGAAGACACCAGCUUUUCGUACCAUACGGGCCAUCAGCCUCGUCGUCAUUUCGAGUCGCAUCUCGCAGCGCGCGCCUCUUCUCGAAGAAGGCAGACACAGAUAUCUGGCGCAUAAAGCCCGGAAAAACCGCCGAGGAACACAUGUGUAGUAUAUGGUUCGACAACAAUGGCCCUCUACCGUGGUGCCCGCGCGCACACUUUAGCUACAAAUACGGACUGGAGUUCAGCACGCAUGCCAUGGAAUCCCGCAACUUCUCCGACUGGAGUAUAGUGCUGGGCGGAUGGAACUGCAUGUGGAUGCUGGAAGGGUACCCGCAAUACAGAAUGGUGCUGCGUCAGCGAUCCUCUGACGAGGUAAUUGCACGCUUCAACUUCUCGGCCAAGGGGACCGCCGCAUUGGGAGGCGCUGAAGCUGGGGAUCUGAGUAUAUAUCGACACGUAUUGACUCUGGGGCCUGGGAAUAUGGAUGGCAUGGUAGAGAAGAUGCUGUGUGGACUCGUGGUGGCUCUGGCGAACUUUCGCAAGAUGGGUAAAUACCACAAGUCGAUGCAGUCGAAGUCAAUGGUGGUGGAUGUUGAUGGGUGA